AUGCCUGGCAUGAACGGCAGCAAUGGCACUACACGCACUGAGACUACCACUUUAAGUACAACUAUGUUGGUGGUUCCAGUUGCAAGGUUGGAGGGUUGCAUGGGUUUGUCAGUUUCAGACGCAGCAACUUUUUCUGCGUCAGCAGAUGCCAUCACUGUGAUGAAGCGUGUUUUGGCAGAGGCUGCAGGUGGGGUUGCUGUGGACUAUGUUGAGGUGUCUAUGGUUGUGGGCAGCAGCUGUGCAGGUCGACGCCUGGUUUCGGGCGUUUUGAGUGAGCGGCGGCUACAAGAAAGUGUGAGGGUCGACUAUAUCAUUCUUUUCCCUGCAUCCAUGGGCGAGGACGAAGCGCUAGAAGCAGCACAGAAUAGCACAGCCUCUCUUUCGCAACUCUCCUUGUCAGAAAUCAGUGCUUUGAUGACUCGCGAAAUGAGUUUGAUGCCUUCUCUCUCAGGGAUGACGGUGGUUGUCACCACGACCCCGACAGUGGUUAUGAUUGUGCUGGUUGGGGCAACCAAUACUACGACAUCCACAACGGAGACAUCAACUACGUCCAUGACCACAACUUCAACCAACACCACUUCCACAUCUCGAACUUGGACAUCGGCGACAAACACGACCACAAUCACAAGUGUAACUGGCACGACGUCUAUGACAACAACAGAAACCAACACAUCCACCACAUUCACAGUCACAAGCACGUUAAGCCUGACAACUGCCACGAACACCACUACAACCACUAGUAUAACCGGCACUACGUCCAUGACCACCACUUCCAAAACAACGUCAACCACUGCAAGCGACACCGCGACCAGCACCUCAAUCUCAAUGACGAAUACAACAACCAUGACGAGCGUCACCGGCACGACUAGCUUGACCACCACCUUCAGCUCAACUACGACCUUCACCGGCUCGUCCACUUCAAUGACGAAUACAACCACCCAGACUUCAGUCACCAGUACCACCAGUAUGACCACAACAUCCACUGCCACCUCAGUAACAUCUUCCACCAGCCGGACCAUGUCGUCAACGUUGACCAGCACAUCAGCUACCUCCAGCACCAGUGUCACGGGCACAUCGACUUCCAUGACAAACACCACGACGUUCACAGUGACCACAACGACGUCGUUCACUACCAGCGUGAGCACAAGCACAACCUUGACAUCCACAUCAACAGUAACCAACACCAGCACCGCGACCAUCACAACUUCAACCUCCUUGACUAUGUCUACUUCACUCACCAGCUCCACCACAUACACCAUGAGCACCACAAGUUCGCUCACAAGCUUCACUAUCACCAGCACCAGCUUGACCAAUACCAGCACAAGCACGUCUUUGACGCGCACGACCGCUUACACAGACACCAGCACUUCUGAAACAUCAACAUCGACCUCGGUUAGCACAAGCAUAACUUCCCUCACCACAACGUCAACCUCUUCAUUUACUGGCACCUCGACUUCGGUGAGCACUAGCAUCACCAGCACCACAAGCCAGACAACCACACAAACCACUACAAACACCACAACCACCAGCAGUACCAGCUUCACCACAAGUGUCACCUCCACCACCAGCACGAGUGGGACCAUGACCAGCACAACGUCAUUGAGCACAACGACAGAAAGUACCACGACACAAAGCACCACAACUGUGACCACCAUUACCCAGACCACCACAAGUGUUUCAAGUACGGUUACCAGUACAUCCACCACCAGCAUGACAUUUACGAGCACUUCCAUAACAAUAAGCACCACGAUAUCCAGCACAACUAGUGGCACUUUGACUUCCACGACCUCCGGUACUGCAACAAGCACCUCAACCCACACGGAAUCCACCACGUCACAAACCACGUCCAGUACCUCAGAGACAAGCACCACCACCAGUUUGACCACGACAUCAUCUAUCACCACAUCAUCAACAUCGACCACAUCAUCAUCCAUAACAUCAACCAGCACAUCAGCGACAUUGACAAGCACUACCCGGACCUAUUCCAGCACGGUCUCAAGCACCUUUACCACCUCAACAGUCACCACUGGCACCAGCACCAGCACCACUCAGAGUAUCAGUUCCACAACAUGGACCAACACCACCACCAGCAGCAUGACAACGACCAGCAGCACCGCAACCACUGAAACAUCGACGUCAACAACGAACACUCUUUCAAUGACAUCUACUAUGUCCAGCAGUACCAGCACCAGCAGCAGUACGACCACCAGCAGUUCUUCCGAGAGUAGCACCAGCAGUAGCACUUCCAGCAUCACCAGCAGCAGCAGUUCGGAGACCAGCACCAGCAGCUCAAGUUCCAGUAGCACUUCAACCACCUCCUCCAGUGCCACAAGCACCAGUUCCAGCGGCACUAGCACUUCUUCCACCACCAUGACGACCACAUCCAGUACAGCAACCGCUUCGGUCACCAGCAGCACCACUAGCAACUCUGGAACGUCGACCACCACUGCCACCUUAAAGCCUGGCACUUGUCCCCCACCUGUGCUGGUGGGCAUCUACGAUGCCUCAGAGUGUAUCUACCAACUACCUGGUGACUCGUGUUUGGUCUACUGUGCCAACAACAAUGGUUGGUAUGGCCCUCCAUCGCAGUUCAACUGCACAACUGAUGGAGUCUACGUGGGCACUCCACCCGAGUGCUUCACGACCACCUCUACGUCCACAAAGACUAUGACCAAAACAGAACUGGUGGUCUGCAACGGUGGGCUGCCCUUGGGUGUGGGCAUUGAUCUCAGUGGCUGCAGCGGCCAGGUGAUUAGCGGCGAGAUUUGCACCGUGACAUGCGCUCAGGGCUUUGAAGGAACUCCUCAGGACUACAUUUGCAAUCCCUUCACGGCCAGGUUCGAGGGAGCGGCCAUCACAUGUCAGAGGCAGCGAUGCGACGUUCAGACCCUGCCGACACGCACGGAUUUGGACCUCACCGGCUGUCAGAACACAGUGGUGGGUGACUUCUGUCUCGUGUCCUGUGGCGAAGGCUAUGUGCCAACAGACGCCUCCUUCCAGUGCAUGAGCGAUUUGUCGUUUCAGGGAACUGCGCCCACCUGUGAAAGGCUGCCUUGCGACCCUUCCACUCUGCCCACAACUGAAGGACUGGAUACGAGCAACUGCCUGGGGCUGCUGGUGGGCGACACCUGCAGCGUUACAUGCUUGAGUGGUUAUGCAGCAACCGUCAGUUCAUCGGAUCCUGCCACGAUGCAGUGUCACCUCAACACCUCCUUCACGGGCAAUGCACCGGAGUGUAAGGCGAAGGACUGCCUUGUUCCAAGCAUAUGGGUCACUGAUCCCAGUUUCAAUACCACGUGUGACGGGACCAAACAUGGAGACACCUGCGUGGGCCAAUGCUCUGCAGGCUAUACAGGUCAAUCCACUCAGUUCCAAUGUAACAAUGGUCAGCUGUGGGGCGCGCCUCCCACAUGCACCGGCUUGGUAUGCGCCUUUCAAGGGUUUGAGCUCAGCGUUGGCCUCUUGGCUAGUGACUGCUACGGGAAGACCACUGGGGAGACGUGUCAGAUGCAGUGCAUCCGCGGCUAUGACUUAGCAGGAGAUCCAAGCUCCACUUGCCAAGCGGACGGCAGCUUCACAACCCCCACCUCUGUCUGUCAGCCCAAGACCUGCGGCAGCCUCUCCUCGGUGACGCCCUUCUCCACGGUGGACGUGGCGGAUACCUGCGGGAACAACUCCAGCUUCGGGGAGAUUUGCAUGUCCUACUGCGACAUGGGCUUUGACCUGACGGGCAACACCACGGUGCUGAUUUGUGACGAGGCCGACACCGCAAGCGCGGGCUAUGUGGAGUACAUCCCGGAGACGGGUCAGACCUUGGCCGCAGCACAGUCCUCGGGUCCCAGUUGUGUGGCCAGAAACUGCACCGUGGGCAUCCCGAAUGAUGUCCUGGGAGCAACCACUGACUGCAACGGCAAGGCAACCUACGAGAUUUGCACCGUGGAACCCAUGUUGGGAUAUACGCUGCAGGUGGGUGACUCCAAUACUUUGCAAUGUCUUCCUGAUGGAUCCUUCAACCAGACGGCUCCCACGAUUUUGCCGGGCACCUGCCCCGAUCCGUCCUUCGGAGCUGGUGUAGGCAGCAGUUGCCAGGGCAAAGUCAUUGGUUCAGACUGCUGGGCAUAUUGCCUUUCCGGCUGGAGUGGAACUCCCAAGAAAUAUGUCUGUGCCGCGGAUGUGGCUGCGAACGCGCUUCUGCUGCAGGCGGACAGCACGGAGAUUUCAUGCACCUACACUGGCAGACGUUUGAACAGUGGGCGACGUUUACAGACAGGCUGCACCAGCACAGCUGUCUCCGCGGUGGGUCUGAGCAGUCCACAAUACUUUUCGGAUUGCGAUGGCAAGGCAGACACUGAAGUGUGCAUCGCCCAUUGCAGUUUCGGCUGGGUCAUGACAGAGACGGCGCCCUCGAUUUUUACCUGUUCCAGUGGGAGCCUCACAGGUGCCUCAUUACCCACUUGCACCGCUGUGCCGUGCUCCUUUGGCUUUCCUAGCGGCCUUGGCAUAGCUCACGACUGCGACGGCACGCGCACCUCACAGACCUGCAGUGCCAGCUGCACCGGAACGGGCUACACCUACGCCAGCGGCGCCAGUGCAGAGGUUUGGACUUGCAAUGCCGGAGGUAGUCUCAGCGGUACUUUGCCACAGUGUGAACGAAAAUCUUGCACAGAUCUUUCCCUGGGCAGCACCUAUGUCCACACCUGCGUGAACAAGCUCUACCAGGACGCGUGUGGAGUCAGUUGCGCCUCGGGCUACCGCGGCACUGGGGCGCAAUUUCUUUGUGAGGCCGAUGGUACCUUCUCUGGUACGAUGCCAGUCUGUGUGGGUAACCCCUGCCAGAACGAUUUGCCCAACAGCAGCAGCUGGAGCGCUGGAAGUUGCGACGGCCUUACCACAGGUCAGAGCUGCGAUGUGACCUGCAAACUGGGUUUCUCUGGCAGCUCUACAAACCUCACUUGUGAUGCUUCAGGACAACUCCUGGGCAGCAUGCCGGUGUGUCAGCCAAAUCUUUGCCCGGCCAGCAAUCAACUGGGCGGCGUAGAACAUACUAAUACCUGUCAGGACAUCGCCUUCGGCAGUUCCUGUACGGUCUUCUGUGCCUCAGGGUAUGAGUUGGCUGCAGGCAGCAGUAUCCAGGAUUGGUCAUGCGGGCUGGUUGGGACCGCUCUGCAGCUUCAGGGCACCUUGCCGAGCUGCGUUCCACAGCCAUGCAGCUCAGGCCUGCCGGUGAACAACAGUGAGGUCGUGAGCGAUUGCGAAGGUGUCCGCACUGGAGAAUCCUGUCACCAAUACUGCGCCAUGGGCUAUGAAAACACCACCGAGGAAGCUAACUUCGUUUGUCAAACCUCAGGGCAAGCAGGACUGGCCUCCAGCCAGACUACGCAGUGUCAACCCAUCAGCUGCGAAGGCAAUUCCAUGAACUUCUCCUUGGUGCAGCACAGCUGUCAGGGAACUGUUUAUUCCCGGACUUGCUAUGCCAGCUGCAUCCAGGGCUACUCAGCCACACCUGAGCAAUGGCUCUGCGGCGAUACGUCCAUGGGACCAGAGCUAGGCUUCCAGGUGUACAAGGGCAUCACCCUGAGAGGUGUUGUGCCUUCCUGCAUGGCCAGUCCCUGCGAAUUCAACCUACCAGUGGGUGUGCAAUACUCACACAAUUGCACUGGUGUGACCACAGGAAGUUCUUGCCUGGUUCAAUGUGCCGAUGGUUGGGAUGGGAUGAUGGAGGUGUUGACGUGCGGCACAGAUGCGGCGCUCUCUGGAAGUUUCCCUAGUUGCAAUCCAGUGACUUCCACGAGAACCGCUACCAGUAGCUCCACUCAGACCACCACGCAGACCAGCACGCUGACGGUGGAUGUGACCAGCAUCACUGCCACGAGAACGAGCUCCAGCACCACCGUUUUUUCUUACACCUGUCCAGAGGAAGUUCCUGCCAUUGGGGCGACGUUCAACUGUACAGGUCGUGACGGCGCGGGGCAGGAGUGUCGGGCAGAUUGUGACAGCCCGGAGCAGGACAGUGGCAACGUCACUGAAGCCGUGAUCCUAUGCAGGUUCGACUUGGUUUGGGAGGUCCGCCAGUCUUGUCCAAGUUUGGGUGGAGCUGCUGGUAGCGUUCCAAUCUUGGUAUAUGUUGGCAUCACAGUUGGCAGCUGCGUCGCCUGUAUGCUGGCCAUUGGCGUGCUGACCUAUUUCGGGCGGAAACGCGACAUGGCAGCGGUUGCACCCAAGGAGACCAAGGAGCCCAAGAAAGUGAAGGUGAAAGAACAGCCUGAACCCAUGUUGGCUUGGGCAACGCCAAAAUCCACCGGACAACAGGAUUUCAAUAUGGGGGAUCUACCUUCCAAGGCAGAUGUGGAGCAGCCACCCAGGCCAGAGGACAUGGAGCCCUCCACCCCAGUGCCGGCUACGCCUUUGGCACUGGUACCGGCGGAGGACGAGGAUCCUUCGCCCCUGAGGCAGGGCUUCGCGAAGCCAUCGCCGAAGGUGACGAAGGAAUUCGACAUCGCCAUGCACGCUCAAGGGCUUGGCGGCACGGCAGAGCCAGAGAGUACCUCUGUUGCGUCGCCUGCUGGACAACAAUUUGAUCCCAAUUUCUGGGACUGGGCGAAUCAGUUCUGGGACUGGGCGAACGACAAAGAGGGUGCUGGGCAGCAAGCCUUGCCUCCCCCACCGCCACCCAUGAUACCAAGCCAUGGCGAGAUGCUGCGUGGCAUUGGGGCCUACAGUGAAGGACCACCGCCUUUGCCGCCACUGCCGCUGAAGCUGCACUCGCGUCCUUACCUGGGGUCGCCGUCGACCUCGGCGGCACAUGCACCCCCGCCCUUGACACCGCUGCCGACAACGAUUCGGUCGCAGGUGUCCAUGCCAUUGGAAGACCCUUCCCCACUGCAUUCGUUGCCUUUGCCCUCUGCAGUUGAGAUGGGUCAUCACCACAGCGAACCCGUGCACUCCGAGAGUAGCGUCUCCAGGCAACGGACCCUCGAAGACCUUCUGUACAACCCCGAGAUCGACGGAGCGUCGAGGCCGCCACAGGCCGUGGCGGUGCGGCGUCGAUCCUCGGGCCGUCCUCGCUCCAGACCUGGGAGGCGGCGCAGUGGACGUCAACCUUCGGUGAGGGACAUCAGCCCGACUCAGGAGAGACGGAACAGCCGUGCUGCAGCCAACCUCCAUGAUGGCGCUUCCAUGUCAGCUUUGGAGAUGUUCAGCCUGAGGUCUCCCCAGGGUCCACCGGAGCUUCCUGCCAUGCGACUCUCAUCCCCCGACACGGAUGCAAGGCGUUCAGGAUCGGCUGCCAGCAGUGCAACGAGAUCUGUCGCUUCCUCGACCUUGAGGCGUGCAGCACGGAAUGAGGUGAUUGUGAAUAUCAAGGAUGCGGAUCCGCAUCGAUGA